GGUUUUUUUCUUGAUUCCUCAGCAAAUUACAAGCUUCUCUCAUUAUCAAAUACUUUUCUGAACGGCACGAUUUAGUAUCUGUUGCUCAGCUGUUGGUUAAUCUCUCUGUGAAACGGCCAUUCGUGCCCCACUUCCUGGCCACCGGACCUCUUUAUGCGCAUGUAUUGAGACGCUGGGUGCCAGUGUAGUCACCCCAGCGACUUGUUUAGUGGAUUUAAGCUGUGACAAAUGGCUACCGCUGGCCCUCCGACUGCCGGCGCUGAGAACACAAGUCCCGGAUCCAGCAGCUCGACCGCGGCUGAUGGUGGCAGCCAGGACAGCACCUUCGAGUGUAACAUAUGCCUGGACACCGCCAAGGAUGCCGUGAUUAGCUUGUGUGGACACCUCUUCUGCUGGCCUUGUUUGCAUCAGUGGUUGGAGACUCGACCCAACAGACAAGUGUGUCCAGUAUGCAAAGCUGGUAUCAGCCGAGAUAAAGUAAUCCCCUUAUAUGGGCGCGGAAGCACAGGUCAACAGGAUCCCAGAGAAAAAACACCCCCUCGACCACAAGGACAAAGGCCUGAGCCAGAAAACCGCGGGGGUUUCCAGGGAUUCGGCUUUGGAGAUGGGGGCUUCCAAAUGUCAUUUGGGAUCGGUGCCUUUCCAUUCGGUAUUUUUGCUACAGCUUUUAACAUCAAUGAUGGAAGACCUCCUCCAGCGGCCCCGGGGACACCGCAGCACACGGAUGAGCAGUUUCUGUCUCGACUCUUCCUCUUUGUCGCUCUGGUGAUUAUGUUUUGGCUGCUGAUUGCAUAAACGUGUUAACUUUUGGACUCUGUUUCUUUCUCUUGACACCAAAUCAUGUGAGAUUUUAAUGGCGCGGGUAUUUUGAAUUAAAGACAUCAGUACUAACCUAAGCUUUCAGGGUGAACCGUGUAACCUCGGUGGCCUGUUGUUAAAGUCAUUAUCAUAGCUGAGCAGGAUGCUUACAAAGCACUCCACAACCUCUGGAGUAUCUGCAUGCUCAUCUGUUGGUGUUUACAGUCACAUACUUUUGUGCUGAUUACCAGCAUGUGCUUCCUCUACGUGUCAAACUCAUUUUACACCAUCGGCCACAAACUAGUAAAGCUAUUGCCUAAUAGAAGAAGGUAGUUUAAAAGAAGUUUAAAAAAUUCAAAUUGCUCCCAUUACUUUCAGUGUAAACACGUUCAAUCCUGAGAUGCCUCAAGAAAAAGUGCAGAUUUAAGAAUGUCUGUUUUCAGAACAUAAUCCUGUAAUAUCAGUGAAUUCAGUGUCCCAUUUUCUCCCUCAAACAUUGAGUACUAAUUAUUAAAAAAACUAAUUUUCUUUUAUGUAAUGGUUUAUCUAUUGCUUACUUACCGUGUCAUAUGACUAGCCAAGCAGUGGGCCAGAUUGGAGCCUUUGGUGAGCUGGUUCUGGCCCGUGGGCCACAUGUUUGACUCUCUGCUCUAGGUCACUCUUUUUGAUUACUUAGGCUGUGUCCAGAGUCACACCUACAUCCACUCAUUCACAAUGCCAGUCACAGCACAACUGUAAUUUUCACUUCUGUAAAAUCUGAUUUGUUGCAUUGUGGGCAUGGAUGUGAAGUGGAUGCUUUUUCUUUUUUUUUUUUUCCCCUGUUUGAUUGCAAUUUUUUUUUUUUUAGCUCAUAUGUAGCAUCAGUAACUUGAUGUUUAUACUUACAAUUUUAAAAAAUGGACAAAAAUAUAAGCCGAUCAGUAGUGAUUGUAGACACAACCUAUUAAAGAUUUAAGUAAUUUUAAAAAGUAAGUAUAUCCCAUGGAAACUGCCUUUUUUUUUUUUAUAUAUAUAUUUGGACAAACAAGCAGUCCCUCUAAUCAUCAUUGAAUCAGUGCCUGGUAAUAAAUGUGAUCUUGACAAGUUAGACGCAAUUGGCAUUUGUCACUUUUAUAAUAUAAACAUUAAAAAAACAAAAUCAGUUACAUGUAACUGGGUUCCAGACAUUUGUCAGGAAUUGACCUUGAUUAAACUUAUUGAAGUGUAUAUUAUCUAAAGAUCUACAGUAUCUAAAAAUCUCCAAAUUAUUUGUGCCAUAAAUUUCUUUCUUGGUCUGACCACACCAGCAAGGUCGAGCCAAGUGCAGAUCAAAAAAAGUUUCUGAAAUCCCAACAUUUCAUCACGCGAUCUGUGGGUUGCGUUUUGCCAGUGAUGUCAACAGUGCAUGCGUCUACAAUCAGAAAAAGAAGGCAGAACUUGGCCCUGUCUGAGAAGCAUGCCAGGAAAAGGCAAAAAAAAAAAAAAGUUUUCCAAACAACAGAAAGGCAAAGAGGCCAGGAAUAAUGCACUCUGGACAGAUGAGUCAGUUAUUUGGCCACAGUAACAACAGAGGUGUCCUUUGGGACACUGGGAGAUCCUUUAGGGAUCAGUCAUUAUUUUAACUGAACUCUGCAUCAUUUCAAAAGUUGCUUAAUUGUAAUCUGUAGCUAACUAUUGAACUCCAUGUGGACCUUUUAAAGGAUACGAUUUCCACCAAGGAAUCACUCAAAAAGAAGAAAUUGCCUGGUACAGAGAUAAAUCCCUGUGGGUGACUUAGAAUUGACACAUUUGCAAAAUACCGGUACUUGCUUUUCUUGAUGCAACAAUACUAGCUUCUGACGCCAAGGUUUGAUUUUUACUAUAAAAGUGACGUUUUUGUAAAUGAAACAUUUGGAAAAAAACGAUUCUGUGGUUAUAUUCAGCUACAUCACCCUGUUCUGGAGGCACUUUGUUAAAUGGAAUCAAAUUUUUGAUUGUCCAGAUAUAAACAAAAAAGCUUCUAUGGUAUGUACAUACUUUUAAAUUACAGUAUGUUUUUUUUUUUUUUUUUUUUUUACAAAUUGUGCAUCUCAUCAUCAGAAAUGACCAAAUCACACAGGUUCUGAGGAAUUAAUGUGAAACAUCUAUUUUAGGAAUGUGUAAGCAUAAAGACUCCUUUUAUUAAACAGUGUUCAUCUGCACAUUUAUUCUGCUCAGUUUACUGUAUGUAACUGUAAUUAAAUGUAAAAUACUGUAAUUAUUACAGAGUAAAAAUGAAGAUUUGUUGACUAAGAAUCAGCUUUUCUAAAUGUGAUUUUACUUUAUUGAUAAUAAAGUUAUGUAAAUAAAGGUUAA